GUUCUGUUUCCACAGGGCCGCACCUUCCUAUUGCUCUGACCGCAGCCCGCCCAUCCCAGUCGAGCGCCGCCGUGCUGAAGUUAAUUUCUAGAAGCAGAGGUGCCCAGGGCUGGCCAGGGGAUGAACCGCGAGGGGGCUCCCGGGAAGGGCCCGGAGGAGGUGUACAUUCAGCAGAAGGUCCGAGUGCUGCUCAUGCUGAGGAAGAUGGGGUCAAACCUGACAGCCAGCGAGGAGGAGUUCCUGCACACAUACGCGGGGAUCGUCAACAGCCAGCUCAGCCAGCUGCCGCCACACUCCAUAGACCAGGGUGCAGAGGACGUGGUUAUGGCCUUUUCCAAGUCGGAGACAGAAGAGCGGCGGCAGUAGCUGUGGCUUCCUGGGCAGCCCGGAGACGGCGACGCCGAGAGGUCUGUGUGGCCCUCCGCGGACCCUCGGCCUUCCCCCGCC